AUGGCGGAGAAUUUCUCAACCAUGAUCUUAACCAGUUUUUACAAGAUCAUGGCAUCAUACAUCAACGCUCAUGCCCUUACACCCCCCAACAGAAUGGGGUGGCUGAAAGAAAGAACAGACACUUAUUGGAAGUCGUUCGUGCCUCUCUCGUUGGUGCCAAUAUGCCACGAUCCUUUUGGGGUGAAGCUGUUGUCUCUGCAGCAUACCUUAUCAAUCGGAUUCCCUCUAGUAUCCUAA